UCGACUCUUUAUUUACCAUACAGAUUUUGGAAAAUGGCGCUGGCAUCAGUAUGCGAAGAAACUUUUGGGAGCAAUUCCUCACGGUUCUCCUCUCACCCGAGAGUUGAUUUUGGUGUGAACUUCACUGCUGAUGACCCCCUUGCUAAUUCUAAAUUCACUGUUCCUGCAGUUGCAGAGCCUGCAGACUUCCUAGCAAACAUUGCUGACAGCGAGACAGGACCAAAAAUCAGGUUUCUUCAUGGAACGACUACCCUAGGUUUCAAAUUCGAGCAUGGUGUUGUCAUUGCUGUGGAUUCCAGGGCUACUGCAGGCCCCUACAUUGCCUCGCAGUCUGUCAAGAAGGUGAUAGAGAUCAACCCUUACCUAUUGGGUACCAUGGCCGGCGGUGCUGCAGACUGUGCAUUCUGGGAGAGGGUACUAGCUGAACAGUGCAGGAUAUAUGAGCUGCGCAACAAGGAGAGGAUAUCCGUGGCAGCUGCCUCUAAGCUCUUAGCAAACAUGCUCUACAACUACAAAGGCAUGGGCCUGUCAGUGGGUACUAUGAUCUGUGGUUGGGACAAGCGAGGGCCUGGCUUAUACUACGUUGACAGUGAUGGCAAUCGCCUCACCAACAACAUUUUCUCUGUAGGUUCAGGAUCACCAUAUGCCUAUGGUGUCCUGGAUGAGGGUUACAAGUGGGAACUGAGUGUCGAGGAUGCUCUUGACCUGGGUCAAAGGGCAAUCUACCACGCCACACACAGGGAUGCCUACUCUGGUGGUGUCGUCAAUUUAUACCACAUGCAAGAGACGGGCUGGGUGAAGAUAUCCUCAACGGACGUCAAGGAUCUACAUUACAGAUACCAGGACGAGAAGAAAUGAAGUCAUCAUCAUACUUAGAUUGCCAUGUGGUGUCUCUCAUAUAUGUGUACAGUGUGUCAUGUAGGUUGGAAAGUGUCCCGUGUUUUGGUAUUGUAGGUUUCAAUUUUUUUGUGCUCUUGGUAUGAUUUCUCCCCGAGAUCAAUCAUAAAGCAAAAUGUCAUUUGAAAAUUAGUCAAUUUCUUUUCAUAGUUUAAGACAUGCUGCUCCCUAUCUUGUAAUGAAUACAGUAGGCUCGAGUAUGGGUAUGUGCUCAUUAAUUGAAACAGAUAAUGGUGUGACAUAUUCUUUAUUUAGUUUGUAAAACUUAGCAUUCCUAAAAGAUUUUAUUGUAAAAAAAAUGAGAUCUUUCAAAAAUCCCCAUCCAAGCACAACCUUCCGUGUAGAUGCAGGCUAUCAGCCUUUUUGCACACAUAAUAAAGGUAUUGUGUGCUUGGCUGGGUGCAAUAGGGCAUUCUCGUUAUGUAAACAAAGUUAAUGCAUACGCCAUUAUGAAUUAUUUCAUUCACCUGUUACAAAUAAUAAUUUAUUUCAAUAGUCCAAAUGCACAUUGUAUACUGUACGUGUCGUUAGGUCAGGCAAGCCAUGUUUGGGUGUACUCCUGAAGAUAUAUGAGAUGUACACAUAAAACGCCAAUGUGUGGGAGGUCAUGUAUUUCAUUGAUUAUGUCAUUAAAAACAGAUUAACAGAUUUAGCUUAUUGUUAUUAUUAUUAUAUUAUUAAAAAAACAAAUGCACAGACCAGCAGGUAUUUCAAUCGAUCUAAUGUUAAUAAUUAUCUAUCUCUUACAGAACAUUGUAAUCCUUUUGUGUAUUUAUCAAAUAUAGUGUUAUUCCAUGAUAUGCAGAUGUAGAUAUGUCCAUUACCUGUGCGGAUGUUGUCUUCAAUUUAAAAAGAUCAUCAGACAUGUAUCGUCUCGUCUUUAUUUCAAAAGUGAUAUUUCUCUGUUAAGGUUUUUUUUUUUACAUCGUCUUCAAGAUGAAUACAUGUACAUUAACGAUAAGCAGUUCAAGCACAACAAUGAAUAAUGAAACAAGAAACUGGCGUUUGUUGAUCCUUUAAUAUAUUUCAUCUGUUUAUUAAUGUACAUAAAUCAUACCAAUCCAUAAUAUGCUUUUUGUAUUAUUUUGUGAUUUACAAGUGCUUUAUUACAAGUUCUAUGAUAUGAUUCUCAA